GUUCUGCGCAGACUCAACAUGGCAGACCCAGACACCCCCAGCAAUGCCAUGGAGAAAAUCGAUAUUUUUCCCCUCUCCCACACCAACAAUUCACCGAGGAAAUUUCUUAGUGGCGUCCCCUGGUGUCCGGUCCCCAGCUCUAAUUCCCAGGACUUGCCUUUCACCUCCAAGUAGAGUCUGUGAGGCACCACAGGUCAGGUCAGAUCAGGUGGGAUUGGUAACCAUCAUCAUCCCCAUCCUCCACAGCAAGAAGGGGCCUGGGAAUGUCAGGCUCUGACUCAGGCUCCUCGUAUCUGGUGAUGAACAGUGUUGAUGCAUCAUCUUUACGUGGAUGGCGUGUGGCGCUGGCAGGGGGACAGGAGCUGGUGAUGAAUAGCGUGGACGCUGCGGGGCUAACCAGUGUGACAAGUGAAACAACAGUCGAGCCGCUAGAUGACACGGGAGGGGGUGGAGGCGUCGGGGACAGCGUGGGAACUCAGAUCACCAGCGAUGACGACGACGAUGAAGUACCGUCGUCGCCCGGGAGCUUUGGGGAGGACGAGGGGUCUAUGCCGAUCACUGAUGACGUGACCGCCCAGUUAGCGGCGGCAGGUGGGUGGGCAGGUCCCGUUGGUGUGGCUGCUGCCGCUGCAAUAACCUCGGCCAAGAAACGCAAGAGGCACCACUGCUUUGAGCUCAAUCCAUCUAUACGUAAGCGGCAGAAAACAAGACUCCUGCGGAAAUUGAAGGCCACCAUUGAUGAGUAUUCCACGCGUGUUGGUCAGCAGGCGGUGGUGGUGGUGGCGACGCCCAGCAAGUCCGGUGGCAAUGACUUCAAGUGUUUUGGUGCCAAGCCUUUAGAAGAUGUGAUGAAGACGCUGAGACAGAUGCUGAUGACGGAGCUGGAGAAUGCCUUGGCCCAGCAGGCGCCCCCACCCCCCCAGGAUGACCCGUCUCUGCACGAACUGCCUCCACUGAUCAUUGACGGCAUCCCCACCCCGGUAGAGAAGAUGACCCAGGCACAGCUGAGAGCCUUCAUCCCCCUCAUGCUGAAAUACUCCACUGGGAGAGGGAAGCCAGGCUGGGGUAAGGAGUCAACAAGACCUCCAUGGUGGCCCAAGGAUGUCCCGUGGGCCAAUGUGAGAAUGGACGCGCGAUCUGAGGACCAGAAACAUAAGGUGUCGUGGACCACAGCGCUGCGUCAAAUCGUCAUUAACUGCUACAAGUUCCAUGGCAGGGAUGACCUCCUGCCGGUAUUUACGGAGGAGGAUGACAAGAGUCAGGUGGGAGAGCAGAUCAUUGGCCAGACGAACUCAGUGUACUCAGGGCAGGUGGUGCAGACGAUAAGUAACCCGGACGGAACUGUCUCCAUCGUGCAGGUGGACCCGAGUAACCCUGUCAUUCAGCUUCCAGACGGCACAACAGCACAUGUCCAGGGAAUAGCUACCAUUGCAACACAGAAUGGAGAGUCACUGGACGGAGAGAGUGGUGGCUCGGCCGGCUCCGUGGCCAUCGACCUCAACCAGGUGUCGGAGGGAACGCUGGCACAUGAGGGGACCAUUCUACUCACUGGGGAGGACGGAUCGCAGAUUCCAGUCAACGUGUCUGGGUCGUAUCCCGUGUCUGGCAUGAUCACUGUGCCACUACCUGUGUAUCAGACUGUGGUUGCCAACAUUCAGGGGCAGGAUGGGCAGCCCCUGCAGGUGGUGACGCCUCUAGUACAGGUCCCUAAGCUGGAGCCGGGGUUGGAGGGUGGGGUGGAGGUGUCGGCGGGCCUUAACGCUUCCCUUAAUGCCUCUACUAUCAUUUCUUCAGGCCAGGCACAAGUACAGCCAUUAAAGAUCGUUAAGCCCAGAAGUCUGAGUUCAGUUUCCUUCAAAGAAGAUGAUGACGACGAUGGGAGUGUGGAUAUGGUAGACAAGGAAUGAUAAGGGUAGUGUGAGGUUGGUGGCAGUCUAACCCCCACCCACCUGCCUCCCUACCCCCACCCUCCACCACUCCCUGUCAGCAGAGGGUAGGGAAUGCACCAGCAACACCCUGCCCUUGUACCCUCACCCACAUCUGUCUUUCUUAUCAUCUCAGCUUAUCACCAAAGACUAGGGGAGGACUUCAUCAUGUCUUCUUUAUUUACUUUCUUUUCUUUCACAUUUUCCUGUAUUUCUGAGUUCCUUCAAAGCUCUAGGCAUGGUCAGUGUUGUGUUAGUUAAUUACUCUGGUUAAUUACUCUGUGUUUACAAUUGGCAACACAGUCCUUGUCCAAAAGAGUCCCGAAGGUGACCAGUCCUUCCCCUAGGGCCAGAAUGGAACUGCACUGGGUCAGGCUGUCUCCAAGAAGCCGCAGAAUUGACUCUAUUUUUAUAUGGAGGUGUAAUAAUGGUGAAAUUCAAGUGUGUGUUAGGUGGAUGUGUGUGUUUUUUUCCCACUCCACUGCCUGGUUUUGUUUUAAUUUGUUUUAAUGCAGCGUGUGGUGACGUGCUCCUCCUGGUACGGUUCCCAUUCUGUCAGUUUUUGUCGAGUGUAGUUAAAUGAAUGAAAUGUGUAAAGGGAGAGUAGAUUUGAUACUUGCUUCUUCUCCUUGGAACAAAAUAGAGAUGAUUGUGAAGUGUACAUACAUUGAUUCACAUGAUGAUGAUGAUGUUGGCCCUUUGUUUUUUUUUUUAUUCUUUUUUUAAGUUAUGAUUUCCUCCCCCACUCUGUAGCCCCUUCCACCCAGAGUUAUGAAAGUGUUAUGGCUAGGAGAGUCUGUAUGGAGUAAAUAUUCAUGUUCAGAGUAAUAUAUUCAGUCAGGGUCAGGUUCCAGGAAAGAGGCAAUAAGGUAGAAGAGUUUUGUGUGAACUCUACUGCAAACUUGUGCAAUUACAUCUAUUUUCUCCUUUAUUGGCCUAUUUUUAGUGUUAAUUAUUUAUUGAAGACCUCAUCUCACCUUUCGUUUCUCUCUCUUAAGCCUUCCUUCCUUCCUUCCUGUCCUGACUAAUUUUAGUUUAUACGAGGUUAAUGUAGCAAGCUUGGUCUGUGUCAACCAAACAUUGUGUUAAGGAGAGCUGCUCUCUGUUCGUACCUCAGCAAGGAUGUGUGCACUGGGUCAUUAGCUUGUGUGUGAAAGUGGAGAGAAGUCUUGAGGUGAGCCUGAACUGUGCAUCUCAUGUGAGUAGACUUGUUCUUGUUGACUCUGUAUAUGAUAUUCUCUUGGUCCUCCUGUGUGUGUGUGCAUGCGUGAGUGCAUGCAUGCGUGCGUGCAAAAGAAUGGCAAACUGUGGAGCACCAGACCUACCAAACACAGAUGCAGCCUGUCGGUAAACGCAGACCAAGUGUGGCGUCAGGCUUGUUAAUGUUGCUUUUGUUGUUGUAGUUGGUGGGUGAUGGUAGUGCAUUGUUAUUACCACCAGUUCUCCAACAGCUUAGAUAGACCAAGGCUGGAGUGUGUUGCAGAGCUCAGUUGACACAAAGGGAAAGAUAGAGUGUGUGGGAUGUAGUCAUGUUUUGUUUUUCAUGAAGCCAGACUCAUCUUGUUUGGAAGGAACUGAAUUGUUGGUUCCUCAGCAGACUGACUGGUAGGAAUGUGCAGUGGGAAUCAUCUCAGUUCACAGGAAGUCAGAUGGGGAUCCUUGAUGGUUCAAAUUUUUACUUGCAUUUAUUUAUUUUGCUAUGAAUAUAUCAGUAUUACUCGUUCGUACAUAUUUUUGUGGUCUUUCAGUAAUGUUAUGUAUUAAAAAGAAAAAAAAAGACACGUUUCUUUUUGUAUGGUAUGGUAUUUCUUCACUGGGCAGGCAAGGAAAAUAAAGAAAAGCUUGACAGAAGGAGACUCAUCGAAAGACAAAGUGAACCUUGCAUAUCAUUCAUCAGAGAACAUUGAAACUAGCAGUCGUCAUCACAAAUUAACUGAAGAACCAACUCCAUUUAAUACACUAGGAGUAAGAUACAAUUUGACUGAGUGUAGUGAUGGAAGAUGAGUUACCAAUAUUAUGUUUGGGGAGCAAAGUUCUAUGCAACACUAAAUCUUUGUACCUUUGAUUGGAAAUGUUAUCAAGUGGAGUGAGAUUGAUUAAGAUAUGUUACUUUUGAUUGUCAGUCGUGUGAGUGGCUGGACUGAUUAGUGUGUCAUAACAUUUAAGAGCUUGUUUCUUCUGUAAUGGAGUUUUUGUAUCAUGUGUAGACGUGAUUAAGAAGUGUUACUGUUUGAUCUCUCAAGCAACAAAGUGUACACAUGACAUCACUUAAACUUUGGAUGUGAGUAGGAUGAGUGUUGGAAGAAAGCUUUAUGAUUUAACUGGUAUUUUGUUCUCAUUAUAUCGUGAUUUUUGUUUCGAUGUCACCUCUUCAUUUCUAUCUACUUUCCAAUACUUUGUACACGCCUCUCUUCAUUUCCCUUCUUCACACACUUCAAGUUUUCUCAUAAAUUGUGACCAAAUGAUGUAUUCCCUAAGUUGAUUUCCUGUAAGACUAGAAGUUACCAAGGUUGCAGUUUAUGGUAUGUUUCACUGUAUAUACAGUAAUGAUUUCUGAGUGUGGACAACCGUGUGAGCCGACAAUCGCAUGCUAUGAGGGAACUUGUAGCUGGUAGUCUUGCUGUUGAGAGAGAGAGAGAGAGAGAGAGAGAGAGAGAGAGAGAAGGAUCCCAUUCGAAGUAGAGUGGGAAAGUGAUGGAAGUGUUCUGUGAUUGAGAAAAUAGGAAACUACCAGCUGCUAUCAUUAAUAUUGUCUGCCUCUGCUCUUUGCUCUCCAUCUUCCUGCAAUAUCAGUGAAUUUUGUACAUUUUUCUCUCAUUUAACCAUGAAACAUCACAGAAUCAACCAAUUUUUUCACUUUUGAGGAAUUUUUCCUAGAGGCGCUUCAGAAUCUCAAUGUUUUUAAGUCGUCACAUUCUUCCUUGUCAUGGAAAGAACAGAGAUGAUCCGUGGGCUUGAAGAGUGCAAGCCACUGUCCAGUCACUAAGUCUAGAACAAGCAAUUAUGGCUGUGAUAAUCUAACAUAGUAUUGUGCCAGUAUAAAGCUGCUGGCCGGGCCUUUCUGGAGGCAGGCUGGAGAGAUGCAGGUCCUAAGAGAUACAGACGUCACCACAGAUCAUUGGAAGCACCACCUAUGCAUCCCUUCAUCCACCUCUCCAUAGAAAUAUUGCUCUCUUCUAGCAAAGAUAUAAGAAAAUAACUAACUUGUGAAAGGAAAAUAAUUGUUACCAAACCAGUUAGAUGCUCCCCAUUUCUCCCUCUCUUUCUCCUGACAAAUGAUGGGAUCUCUGAGGACCCUGUGUGUUUACUGAGACAUUGAGGUAAUUCAGAGUGUCUUCUUGUCCUCCUGUGUUUGGUGUUACUGCUGGAGUGUUCAGGGUUCGUUGUUGCCAAAGCUGUUAGGAAGCUCUCCCAUAAUGAAAGUGUGUAUGUGUGUGUGUGUGUGUCUGUGUGUGUGUAUGAGCGUAGGCAUUUAGUUCUUGUUGGAGAUACAUAUUUGUUGUCAGUAGUAGUAGGUAAUUUUUUAGUGGGAGAGAUGUAGAUUUGGAAGUGUGUGGCCACCAAUUAUGUACGAGGUUUAUCAGUUUUGGAUGUUUGCAUUGCUUAGAAGUGUUGUUGCUUUGUAUGGACAACACUGAUCAUGUUUUGCAAAACUGUUUAUUCAUUUAUUUAUUUGUCUAUCCCUGAAGCAACUUGUAAGAGGAAUAAUGGAAAGAAGAAAUGUAGAAGUUACGAGCAAAUUUUAAUGUCAAAACUAAAUGCGUAAUAGGAUUUCUGUAUCCCAUUAACUGCAGAGACUGAUUUUAUUUAAUUUAGGAAGUAACUCAGAAAUGUCAAUAUAUGGAAGCUCAUACUGAAAAUUAUAGAUGAAAAAGAAAGAUGAAAUAUAGAUCAACUACUUUCUUUGUCCUCUCCAGGGUGAAGUGGAGAGAGAGAAAGAGAGAGAGUGGGGGAGGUGAGGAGAGAAGAAUUGAAGAGUUGAUGCUUCUAACAGUAAUAACCCUAAGCUAGUCGAGUGUUGGUAUUGCACGGGACAGGUGACGAAGAGAGAAAGUGAGAGAGAGACAGAGAGAGAGAGAGCCUUCCAGUUUAAGUAGGAUGAGUAGAAAGAGCAGAUAUAACCCAGCAUUCAGUCUUUCAAGUCUUUCACCAUUAGAGUUGCAAAUUGUGGGCUGAAGGCAUCUUGUCACAGUGCAUUGUGGAUUGUGGCCUGAGGGUUUUGUCUGCUUGGUUCAGUUAAUGGUGGAAAUGUGAGGCUAAGAACAUACAUGGUGCCAUCUGGGAAUGUAUGUGUGUGUUGAGCUCUGAGUUACAAGAUAUAGAUCUGUAGUAACAAGUGGAGGAAGAUUAAAUGAAGUAGAAUAAGAUGUAUGGAAGAUUAGCAAGACAAGGCAGAGAGAGAGAGAGAGAGAGAGAGAGAGAGAGAGAGAGAGAGAGAGAGAGAGAGAGAGAGAGAGGGAGAGAAAUAAGAACAUGACAAGGAUUUUAACAUAGUAAUGAAUAGAGCAGAGACAUGAUAAAAAGCAAUAAAAAAAUGGAGUAAUAAUAAAAGCAAUGAGGAAUGAGGAAAUGAUCUUAUUUGCACUCAGUAAAGAGAGGGAGGUGUGGCAGAGAGAGCGAUGGAGUGGGGUGUGAUUACAGGGAGUUACUUUUAUUUAUAUCCUCCUGUGGUAAUAAAUGAGAACUACGGCAAGUGGAGGAGGUCUCAGUCUUGGCACAAGGUGUCAGAUGUAGAUAUAAAGUAGUGAAACAUAAUGGUACAAAGCAAGACAUGUGGGAAUCAUAACCCUCUUGUCAUCUUGUUAUUAUUAUCAUUAUUAUUAUUAUUAUUAUCAUUAUUAUUAUUAUUAUUAUCAUUAUUAUUAUUAUCAUCAUUAUCACUAUCACUAUCAAUUAUCUCUGAAUCAUUGCUAUCACAACUUUACUCUUUUUAAUUUAGCGUAUCAAUGAUAUUUUUAUACACCGCUAGAAGUAGACCAUUCAUCCAUCAUGUCAUUGCUCAUCCAUGCUGCGUCUUGGUCCACCGCACUGCACCGCAUCACACCCUUCACUGCCUCACUGUAUCACUGGCGCCACGAGCGUGUCUGUCUCUUGCCAACAAAUGACAACUGCUGCGGUCUUCACAAAAUUCCCGUACUUGUGUGUACCUGCACAGCAUUUUCCAUAUGGCACCCUUCACUGAAAUUUUAAAAAACAAGCCCAUUUCUCACUUAAUUUGUGCUCUCUUAAGAUAGCCAUGAUCUAUGUAAUGCUGUUUCCCACAAUUUUACCUAUGCAAGACAGCUUUGAUCUUAUAUAUUGCGGUCUGACAUUAAUAAUAGCACUAAAUUCUGUACUACUGCAUUCAAAGUAAAGUUACUCGUUUUGAAGUGCAGGCAAACUCUGAGACAGGUUUUUGUACCGCGUUUCAGAAAGUUGCACUGUAUUCAAGGCAACAUGUAUUAGGAGGCCAAACAGCAUGGUUAGCAUCCCUCGAGUAGAGUGAAACGAACCACCACCUUUCACGCCGUGCCAGCAAGUCUGUGUUAUUGGGUCCCAGUAUUUAUUUCUCCCUGCCAACGCUGCACAUAAUGCUUCAGAUGCCUUCACAUGAGAACCAUCAUUUCAAACACUCAUUAAAUCAUUGUCAAACAUUUCAAAAGCAUUUACUUUCAUUUCUUUCCUUUCCUGAGCCCUUGUUACAUGUGAGUUUUGUUUUAUUAAUUUUAUCUUUCAGAGAAAUAUGUACAAACCAAUGUUACUAGGGGUUGCAUCCCGCCAUGUUAAAUAUUAAGGUGUCAUAAGCUGCUAUACACAUAGUAGUUCUCCGAUCGGUAAUGUUUCUCACUAUAUCAAAAUUUUCAGAGUAUAAAUUCCGUGCUGUGUGAGAUCGGAGGUAGAGUGUUAUGUGUUAACAGUGUGUCGUCAGAUGGUAGUUUAGUUCAGUAAUGUAAAAUGAUGAAAAAAAUGUGAAAACUUAUUUAUAAACACUGUCUCUGCAUAAAGGACUUCUACAAGUGGUAUUUCUUUAUUGUUUCUUGAUUGUUUUUGCCUGAUGCAGUGUUGACAGUUGUUCCUCAUGGUAACUGGUCCCCCAGGCUCCUCUCAGCAGCCCAAACUGUGGCAGAAAUGUGCAUCCAACACUUGAAAACCAGACCACAUCUUAGAUACCCCCGGUAAGUGGUUUUUGUGUGUAAACAUUUUAUUUCUCAGUGUUACCAGUGGUGUGAACCUGAAUUUUGAUUCUAAUGAAUUGUCUCAUGUAUUUGUCAAUGUAUCAAAUCUAAAAGUUUUGAUAUAUGAAUGUAAAAGUUUUUUAUUUACUUUUUUUUAUUCUAUUGAAACAAGAUGCUAAGAAGGUAAUUGUAUUAUUUCUUCUGUAUCCUAGGAAUUAAGAAAAUAUAGAAAUGUCUUUAUUUUAAUAAAUUUAUUGCUAUUUAGAUAAAAUUGUGAUCCAAGAGAUGAAGUCUUGCAAAGAUUCACUCUGGGAUUCACUUUUAUGUAUCUUGAUUGACUGAUGAGUAAUGAUUAGUGUUUAGGAGUCAAGAUUUGUGUGUUUCCUUGGUGAUGUUUAGCACACUACUAGACUCUAUGGAUAGCACACACCCUGGUUGAUUUUUUGUAUUGUAUACAAAUGUGACCUUCCUUCAAUAUACACACUAUUCAAA